ACAAUGGUGUACAUUCCCUGCAUCGUCAUUCUAGUUCUGCUCUGGGUCUACAAAACGUUCCUGGAACCAUGUAUAUACCCUCUGAUUUCCCCCUUUGUUAGUUGUAGGUGGCCUAGGAAAGCUAUACGAGAAUCCAACGAUAAAAACAAAGGCAAAAUAGACUGUAAGGGUGCAGACAUAAAUGGAUUACCAACAAGACGACUAACAGAAAUCUCUGAUAAAAAGAAAGACUUAAGUGACUGUCCCAAAGGAUCUCAUUGUUUGAAAAAUGGAUCUGAUCGUAUGAGGCGCCUUCUUUGUACUUGUCUCUGAUCUUUUUCCCUGAGACCAGAAUUUGGGCUAGACAGUUUAUAUAUUUACCUGACACUAAUCAGGAAAUACCUGGUAUUUGCAUUUAAAAUGUAGCUAGUUAUAUUUAAUGACCUCAUUCCUGAGUUCCUUUUUCAUUAAAGUAGCUUUCAUUUCUUUUAUUGCAGUUUUAAAAAUAUGAAAAAAUAAAAGGUUCAUGCCAAUAGACACUGCUACUAAAUCAGUCCCUAAAAAUCCUUGGGCCUCUAGUUUUUAUUCAGGCUCUUCAAAUUUGAGGAGUAUAAUUUUACUGUGAAACAGUGCAGUGAGACUGUGCAGUGAAACGAAAGGUAGUUUUUGGAGAUGAUAAUGACUUGAAACAUAAAAAUGUAAUUACUGUCUAACUCAAUGGAGCAGCUUAUCUAUGAGAGUAGUAAUUACUGUUUAUUGCUCUGAGGAAGAUAGAAAAGACAGGGAAAUGGGGUAACCUCUCUGAAAAAUGGAACAUCUUUAACAUAAAUGGCUAAUGUAUAUUAUAAAAUUCUAAUCCUUGUCGUAUCCUUCUAUUCCUAUGAAUGUAUUAUUAAAUAUUCAAUUUAGCUUGUUGUUCUUUUUUCUUUUAAAAUAUAAAUAUGUAAAAGUAAGAUUUUUUAACCACAUCAGAAAUCAGGAUUGUAAUAGUGUGAUGGCAUUAGGAUAGUUAUGGAGCAGCAAUAUUUUUUUUCUUCUUUUUUUUUAAAGUUUAGAUUGUAUCAGUUAUUUUGUUCCAUAAUAAGACACUAAAAUUCGUGGUUUUCAGCAACAGUGACGUGACUGGACAGUUAUUUGCUGGUCUGGGCCUCUCCACAUGAUCUUUCAUCCCGGGCCUCUUCAUUUUAGUGUAAGGAUCUAUAAAUAUUCAAAGAUGAUGAGACGUAUCUCUAUAGAAUAUUUAUUUUCUCUGAAGCAAAGAGAAGUUAGAAAGGACUCCCUGCCUUGGGUCCCCAGUGAAGUCCUGGGUCCUAACUGAGGCUCUGUUAAGCUGUGUCUGGUCAAGUCAUUGAUCUACCUUGGACUUCCUUUGAUAUAAAUGUGUUUCAACUUUUCCGCCCCAGCCUACCUGAGGGAUAAGAUAAAUUCUCAUUAGCACUAAAUCCAGUUGAUUAAUUUAGUUUGUUUUUUAAGGUAUUAAAAACUAUAUUAUGAAAAUAGCAGAUGUUCAUAGUAGAACAAUGCAAGGGCAGGUUAAAUGAAAAGUUAAUGUUCUUUCUCUACUCUCAUUUCUUUGUUCUAGCUCCACAGAUGUAACGACUAUUAGCUUUUUGUAUAGCCUUCUAGCAACUUUCUUAA